GCCUCCUGCAAUCCGAGACGACGAGAAGGAUCGGCUUCUGCGCCGAUCUGAACACAAUGCUAGGGCCAGAGAGCACAAGGGGAAAGUGGAUGGACACAAUGAGAGCGAGAGGAUAAAGAAGAGAGACGCUUUUCGAAGGGAAGACAGCAUGGCUCGAAGAACGUUCCUCACCUCCCUCCGGGAGCGAGAGGAGCGAUGGGUCUACAAGACACAGGCCAGCCCCUUCCACGAAGAUCUCUGGGCCACGGACGACAGGCAGUUCUUCCUCAAUAUCCAGCGGAACAAAGACCUACAAAAGAAGCUCCGGACUCAGAGACCUGGGAAGUCGGGCGACAAGGCCAUCAAGCGCUUCCAGGUCCGUAACAUGGUGGACGCAUCCUCGCAGAGAGAUCUGAGGGAGGCCAGUGUGUACUCGAGCUUCAUGCUCCCCAAGCUCUACAUGAAGAUGCUUUACUGCGUCUCCUGCGCCAUUCACGGACGUGUGGUGCGCGUCCGCAACAAGGCCGGCUACGGUUUUGGGUUUCAUAAAAAUUCGUUGGACUGUGACUAA